AUGUCGGCCAAAUUCGAAAUUUACUAUCCCAUCCUAGCAUCCAAGCUUGAGCAGAAUGCUCUUGCGGUAGCGGGAUGGGGAAUGGUCAGCGCUGUGCUCUUCGGAGCCUUGUUUGUCUGGUCCUUUGCGGUUGACGCCAGGAUGCCGAAGCUGCCCAUUGCUAUGCAGGAAGAGGUGCCAAAUAAGAAGAAGCGAAUUGAAAUUUUCAUCAAGGAUACUCGGAGACUGCUCAUUGAUAGCUACAACAAGUUUCAAGAUCAAGUCUUUGGAAUCACAACCACAGAAGACGAAAAGCAGAUCAAUAUUGUGAACAGAAAGCUAAAUCCAACGCUUCAGUUGAUCCGCAGACACUGGCCACUGGAGAGUUUUGAUAAGCCUACUGUCAUAAAGCCCUGGCCGCACGUUAUGCGCCUCGUCUCCCGCAUCUCGGCCCGAAUCUUCCACAGCGCCGCCUCGGCCGACAACGACCACUGGCUAGACAUCGCCAGUGAACAUGUAUACUCGGCCGUCGUAUGGACCGAGAACCUGAAGAAGUGGCCCGCCAUGCUCCGUCCCCUCGUUUACCGAUUCGUCAAGGGUAGAGGGUAUAUGAUGCAGCGCUUCGAAGAAGGCAAGGCCCUGUCCAUGGCUGCGACGGUGACUCAGUGUCUCAUGGAUCUUGCCACGCAUCCCGAGUAUGCACUAGAGCUCAUUGAAGAGAUAAAAACAGUGGUUGAGAAGAAUAAUGGUGUGGUGGAUAAGCGGGUACUGACUGAGUUGUGGAAGCUGGAUAGCUUCAUCAAGGAGACUCAACGGUUGAACCCUCCCGACCUGACCAGCUUUCAGCGAAAAGCUCUCUCGGACAUGACCUUGUCCAACGGCCUUCGCAUCCCUAAAGGCGCCCGCAUUGUCCUUCCAACGGGAGCGAUCAACAUGGACCGGGAGUUUUUCGAGGACCCCCAGACCUUUGAUGGCUUCCGAUACUACAGGAUCCGAACUGCUAAUGAGGCGGCCCGGAACACAAACCAGAUGGUCACUGUCGGCAAGAAGGACUUGACGUGGGGGUACGGCAAACAUGCCUGCCCCGGUCGGUACAUUGCCGAGGUGGCCAUGAAGCUGCUCGUGGUCGAGUUUCUCAUGCGCUAUGACAUUCGGCUGCCGGAGAAUGUGAAGGAGAGGCCGAAGAAUAUUGAGUUUGAGGGCUUGAUUAUCCCAGAUCCCGAUUGGGAAUUGGCAAUGAAGAGUCGAUGA